AUGAUGGCAACUAUUGUUGAAAGUAAACGUAAAAAACCUACAUUACUUCUCGAUAAUUUCCGUUACACUCAGGACAAAAUAUUAAAUACCACGAUUUAUUGGAAAUGUGAAAAUCGUUCGUGUCCUGGUCGUGCAAUUCAAUAUGAUUCAAAUCCAUCACGCAUGACAAAACUACAUAAUCAUGAAGGUGAUGAAGUUAGAUGCAAAGUUGAAGAAUUAAAAAUGAAUUUAAAAAGACAUAUUGAAGAUUCACCACAGCCAGUUAAAAAAAUUUCCAGAGAACAUAUAAUAUAA